GCGUGUUCUACUUCAGAUUCAGUAGCAAGUGUUCCUCGUUCGUUUGACAACAAUUCCUGUAAGCCGUAUGACACCAAAUAAUGGACAUCAAUCAGCUUCCGUUGGAGGUCCUUCAAGAGAUUCUGUCGUACCUUUCAUAUGACGAGCUUAAGGUCGCAUCGUUGGUCUGCCACCGUUGGAAUCAGGCAUCCGGAACGUUCAUCGUUCGUAAUGGACAGCUUAGUAUCCACGAGCAAGUGGUGAAAAAUUUAGAAAUGGUUCGUAAUAGCACCCGUAACUAUCAAUCAAUUCUCAUCUAUCGGAUAAGCAAAUGGGAACAGCUUCAGGCGGUGGUAUCGGAAUGCAUGCAAAAGUUCCCGAAUGUUCGGAAGCUGUAUCUGGCUGGUGUGCUACAAGAUUACCUCGAUCGGUUCUAUCGGGCAUACCGGCGUUGGAUGGAGCGACUCGAAUUCUUGCAAGUUUCGUUGGACGAUAGAUUCGAAAACCUUUUUGUGUGCGAACCAGAGGAUUACAUUCUAACACUACCGAAUCUGAAACAACUGUAUUGGAAGGAAUGCUUGUACGGCCAUGGAGAAAAGACAGUCACGAUUGAUGCCCCCGGAUUGGAAUUCGUACACAUCGAUGACAGUUUAGACGCAUCUGCCGUUUUGAGAAUUCCUCACUGUGAGCGCUUAAAAUACAUCAGGUGCAUGUUUUACACGAAGCACUUCGACGAUAUAUUCGUUGGCGACUUUGGCAAUGUGGAAACCCUCAUUCUUAAUAUUGUUCAUGACAAGUGUAAUGUUAGCUGCCUCUCCAAAAUGCAUCAGUUGCGGUAUCUAUCAUUGCACUUUGGUAAUGCCAUGAAUUAUUUGCAAGAAGUGGAAGCAAUGCCAAAUUCGAAACUGCUGAAGGUUUUGAUUAUCAGAUCAGAUAGCCGGAGUCUCGAUAAAUGCACGCUAAAUCUGGAGAAAAUCAUCGGAAAGUUUGAGAAUUUGGAGACACUUGACCUUUUUGGAAUCAAUCUUACAGCUAACAAUGAGAUUCAAGCUGACCAGUUGGUGUUUCUAAAACUAAGAGAAGUUACCUUUUCUAAAAACAGCAUCUUAAACGCUCCCAAGCUCAAAACUCUAUCACUGGAACUGGAUAUGCUGAAUUAUCUACAAUUGCGCGAAAACAAACACCUGUUUGAACUCUAUGUGGAUUUGCAAGUUUCGAUCUAUAACGAUUCGUUCGAACAGAUCAUUUGUACUUUCUUACAGGAACAUAAACAUAUUAAAAAUCUUACACUGGGGAGGGUAAGCUCCGGGGAGGUUCUAGUUCAAGAUGAUUUCAUCUAUGAUCGCAUAGUAGAGAGCGUAGAACAUCUUGAGUUGCAUCGGUUUGAUGUUCCUAUCAAUUUUUUCCGCUUACUUGCGGGCUGGAAAUCGCUCAAGAGUCUCAAGCUUGUCGCUUGUACCAUCAACUGUAGCGGAAUGUGGAACGAUGUUGUUCGAUUGCCAGGAGUAGAACGGAUAAUUGUCGAUUGCGUCCAACUGAGAGGCACAUCGAGGACCGAUUUUCCGAUUCUGUUGGUCAACGGAGCCAAUCAGGAGGUCGUUACCAAAUGGAAUGAUUCGACCCUGUUCUUUAGUACGAAUAAAUUAAUUCAUAAGGAGUACAAAUUCAGACAAUUUUCUUGUCCUGAAAUUGAUCCAAUGUUUUAG